AUGAUAGUGAAAGCAAAGCCACGAUCUCACGCAGCUGGACGAAAUGAAGAUGAUAUUGCUACAACAGAUGAUGAACGAGAUGACAGUGGAUCAGUGAAUGAUCCUUCUGAUGCCAACAAAGAUCAACCUUCGAGCCAGACAACUUGUAACACCAACCUAGACGUUGAAGAUGCAAUAGAACUUUCCCCAAGAACAGAGGGUGGUCAGCCAGCCUGUGGAAAUGGUCCCUGUAGACAACGAAGAAAAGAUGAUGCUUCUCAGAGGACAGCGACAUUGGCCGUUAUCAAAAGCUUGUUAGUGGUUCUCGUUGUUUUCAUCAUUUGCUUCAUUCCCUAUCCAUUUACCGUAUGGCUCGAUCCUCGCGAUAUAUUAGGCGUACAUCGAUGGGGUGUAGCACUGAUAUUCUUUAACAGCUGUGUCAAUCCCAUUAUUUAUGCGGGAAAGAUUCGUGCAUUUCGGGAAGUGAUGGUCUUUAUAAUCACAUGCAGAUAUAAACGAAUUCCUAUGCCUGUCGAGUGGCUGAGACGAAUGAGGGAUGCAGGAUGA